UUCACGUGGCCAUUGAUUUGUUCCAUCUCACAUCAUCCCCCUCCUCCUUCCAUUCCCUUCUUCUACAACUUUCCUCUCAUCUCCUCUCUAGUUGCCUUCGCCGUCGCCCGGUCUGCCCGGUUUCUCACCAUCUGGUACAAGGAAAAGCAAUGUGAUGCUAAAAAACUUGUUGGAUCUGGUGGGAUGCCAUCGUCCCGUUCAGCCACAGUUGCGGCAUUUGCUGCAGCUAUUGGUUUCCAAGUGGGCUUUGGUGGUUCUUCAUUUGCAACUGCCAUGACAUUAGCAUGUGUUGUGAUGUACGAUGCUUUUGGUGUUAGAUUACAUGCCGGAAGCCAGGCAGAAGUAUGCCUUUUGCAUCUGCACCUUCUUUAGUCUUACAUGACUUUGACCAUCAUGGGAAAGACAACUCACUUUUAUAAUUAGUAAUUUUCAUCAUAACUGUCAUCACUUAGAAGAAGUUGAUUGGUGGCACUAACCAUCCUUCGCAUCAGUGUUAGUAUAACAUGCUUUUGGUGAAGCAGUAGCUGUAAAGUAAUGUGACCCAUCUAACAUGCAAUACAUGUACCAUUGGUGGGCCUCCCUGAUCACAAGUUGUACUCCCUCUUUCCGCUGCACUAUUCUUGUUGCCACAGACUAAUGGAAAGCUCACUUAAACAUCGCCACCACUUCUGUAUCUAUUCAUGAGUCCCAUGCUUCCAUGCAAUAGUUUGUUAGAUCUUUCUUUUAAGGAAUAUAAAAUAUUUAUCUACCCAACCCCUUAUAUCAUGCUGGAGUCCUCUAACAACUAGAGUUUAAAAAAACUAAUGAGAACCUGUCAUGUGCCCAUACUAGCAUGUUUGCAAGAGUCUGAAAGAGAUAACAGUCAUUUUCUACAAUGAUGAUGAGAUAUGUGUAACUUGGUUUCUUACUACAUUAGGAGUCCCAAAAGACCAAAAGAAAAAAAAUCCAUUUCCUCCAUGAAUUAGAGUAUACAGUAUGUCCAGUCCACAAUGCUUACUUAAGGGAGCAUUUGACAUAAGGUUGUAAUCUCAUCAAUUAAGAUUGAUUGGUAUAUAUUUGAUAAUUAUGUCCUUAUUCAAUCCCAUGUACAUUUCUUCUUAUUUAUUGUUAAUUUAAAAUGAAUUUGGAGUGUCUAUUCACUAGAAAAGGGUGCACACAUAAAAAGAAAAAAUGAACAUGCCUAAGGAAUAAGCUCUAUAGGUGAUUGCAAAGACCAAAUACAUACUAGGGGUUGAGAGUGAAAAGGGCAGAGAAGGACAACAACUCACUUUACCAAUUUUCUUUUCUUUGCAGAAGAAAAUUCAGAAAGUUUGUGAAUCACUUAUUUUCUUGGUUGGAGUUGCACUUUAGCAUGACAGUGGUAAUCAUUUACUCGUGCAUUUUUUAGCCUAGAGAAAUGUUUCCAUA